UCUCCCUGCCUCGCCUGGUCACUUUCACCUCGGGAAAACCGGGUUUCUCCCGCGGUCGGAGGUGCGGAGCGGGACAACGCCGCAUCCCCGGCGCCGCCGCAGGCUCCCCCGUGCUUUCUCUCCGCGUAGGCAGAAUUGAUGCGAAUGUGCCUCUGACCUCUGCUCACACGCCUCUGUGUGCCCCUCAUCACUAUUUGGGCAGCUGGCUCUGAUAUCACUGUCCUUAUGCAAAGCACAUCGCAGUCACACGGCUAGGACGGACUCUUUGCCGCUAUGCUGCGAAUUUAACAUAGGAAGGGGUCCAGAGGUCUAUGCCUUGAUGUGAAGACAUUGACAACAGCAUCUGAAGAGUGUGCUUCAGCCCUAAUAGCAGUUUUAAACAAACAGAACUUGCCUAAGGACCAAAAUUAGGAAAGAUGGCCAUCGAUUGGAAGACGUGCUACUUCAGUCUUUUGUUGCUGCCUCUGGUCACAGCAACACACUCCAACUGCAUCAUUAAAAAGGAGCAAGAGACAUGUCUGGAGAAGAUACGAAGGGCAGCUGCUCUGAACCCUCUCAAUGACUCUUCUCCUGGUUGCCCAGGAAUGUGGGAUAACAUCACAUGCUGGAAACCUGCAAGCGUGGGUGAAAUCGUCUUCGUCAAGUGUCCAGCACUGUUCAGAUUUAUCAUCUCUGAAGAUGGUUGGGAAGUAGAUAACUUGGGACAAACUCAUGCAGGUGAUUAUGACCUGCUAGAAAGUGCAGCCCAGUCUCCCAUAGGGGACAUCAGCAGAAAUUGUACUGAAGAUGGCUGGUCUGAACCUUUUCCACAUUACUAUGAUGCCUGUGGCUUUGAUGAAAAUGAAACAGAGUCUGAUAAUCAGGAUUAUUACUACUUAUCCGUGAAGGCCCUGUACACGGUGGGAUAUAGCACAUCUCUCGUUUCCCUCACCACCGCAAUGGUUAUCCUGUGCCGCUUCAGGAAGCUUCACUGCACUAGGAAUUUUAUCCACAUGAACCUCUUUGUUUCGUUUAUCCUACGAGCAAUAUCCGUAUUCAUUAAAGACGGGGUGCUUUAUGCUGAACAAGAUGGUAACCAUUGUUUUAUCUCAACUGUGGAGUGCAAAGCUGUGAUGGUUUUUUUUCACUACUGCGUCAUGUCCAACUACUUCUGGCUUUUCAUUGAGGGAUUGUACCUUUUCACUUUACUGGUGGAAACCUUUUUCCCUGAGAGGAGAUAUUUCUACUGGUACACUAUUAUUGGCUGGGGUACCCCAACAAUUUGUGUCACUGUCUGGGCAGUGCUGAGACUUCACUUUGAUGAUACUGGCUGCUGGGACAUGAAUGACAACACUGCCUUAUGGUGGGUGAUCAAAGGUCCUGUGGUUGGAUCGAUCAUGAUAAACUUUGUGCUUUUUAUUGGCAUAAUUGUGAUACUUGUGCAGAAACUUCAGUCACCUGAUAUUGGGGGCAAUGAAUCCAGCAUUUACUUCAGCUGCGUUCAGAAAUGCUACUGUAAGCCUAAGAGGGCUAACCAGCAUUCUUGCAAGAUGUCAGAACUAUCAACCAUUACCCUGAGACUGGCUCGUUCUACGCUACUGCUUAUCCCCUUGUUUGGAAUUCACUACACGGUGUUUGCUUUUUCUCCUGAAAAUGUCAGUAAGCGGGAGAGACUAGUGUUUGAAUUGGGACUGGGAUCUUUCCAGGGUUUUGUUGUUGCUGUUCUCUAUUGUUUCUUGAAUGGGGAGUUUCUCCCUAAAGGUGCAAUCAGAAAUAAAGAGAAAAUGGAGGAGCUGGAAAGUCAACCGGUAUUUUGCUGUGGAUUUCAAACAUCGUCAUCCUUCUCUAGCGAGCAGCGGAGUGAACGGGGGGACACAACUCUCCAUUCUGAGCAAGAGCAGCUCUCAGAUUCGGAUGUCCAGCAUAAAUGCGGAGAAUCUAGCGACAUGAGCAGCUAAGGAAAAAAAAAUCAAUCAACAAACAAACCAAAAACAAAAUCCCUUUAAAGAGAAAAUAAAAUCAUCGUUUUCAUGGUGGUGUGGGUCUAUUUUCCCUUCUUUUCCUUCUCCUUCUCUUUUCUUCUCUUCCUUCCCCUUCACUCUCCUUCCCAUCAUUUCCUGUCACUUCAUCCUUUCUCCUCCCCUCUCCACUCCUUCCUCCAAAACAUCCUUGAUCUUUGCAGAGGAGAAAAGCAAAGGAAAUGUGUAUAUAUAUAUCUUUUUAACAGUCACUGUAAAUAUGCAACUGUAAUCAAGGCCAUUGAUGGAAAAACUAUUUACAAGAUAACCAACAGGCUAAGGUGCCUACUUAAUGAUUUACAUUUCAGAACAUCUGCAAGUAAUCCGUUGUCAGUCAAAAGUAACAAGUGAUUGCUGUG